ACAGCUUGUUAGGUGUCUCCUCUUUAACCGGGUCAGAUUUAUUGUAGCAACAGCCCUUAGCAACACACCGGGACCAUGGUGACUGUCUAAAGUGUGAAGGAAUGCAAGUCAACAAGGGUCAAUACAUAGAGAAAAAACACACCGAGGUGUAAUUAAGCCUAACAUUUAUAGUUUUUAUGGACUUAUUUCAUAUUGUUCCUUUGAGGUGAAUAUGGGAUGCGUCAAAUCCACAGCGGUCCAACCGUUGAGACCGGAAGAGUUCAAGGGAGACGAGGAUGAGACCGGGAGUAAAGUUGAUGGUCGUGGAGACUCUGCUGUGUCAAAGGGCACCACAGACAGCGGGGUGGGGAUGGAGAAGAGAGACGUCCCUAUGUUACCUGGAGCGGUGCCCAGAAAACUCCCCCCUAUAACAUCUGAGUGUGUCAGAGAAAGCGAUGCGGACAGAAUUACACAAGAUGGCAUGUGGCAGCAGGAGCGCACACCGCAGGAGCGCCCAAGGUCCAGUGAGAUCCUGGAGGAACUGCUGAACCAAGGCAUCAUACUUGUGGAACAGACAAGACAGAGGGGCAGCGGGGCUGGAGAGGCCUACAGCAUCAUGCUGGAUGACGGGGAGGGGGUCAAGCGAAGGCCUCCUGCCAGACUGAAGUCCCUAAACGCCAAGAAGGUUGAAAGUUUACCUAGCAAAGAAGAGAUUGAGGAGAAGAUAAGACUUGCUGAGGAGAGACGCAAGUUAAGGAAAGACGAGCUCAGGAUGCGAUUGAGGACCAAGACAGCCCGUGUUCGGUGCCCUGCUCCUACUUCCAGCAUGGAGGAGGUCGAGGACGCAGCUCUCAGCACUGUGGAGCCGCUACAGUCACCGCUCACCCCGGACCAGCUCAAUCCCCUGCCUCAUAGCCAGAUCGAACGUGAGGCAGCCGAAGGCAGGGCGUGGGUGAGAGAGGCUGGAGGUGAUGUCAGAGAAAAUAUGGCUAGCGCAGACAAGGGAGAAGGGAGGAGAGUGCAGGGAGAAGAUAGGGGCGAUAACAGAGAGGAAGGUUCAGAGACGGGGAGUGAAGAUGGGGAUAGGGAAGAAGAGGAGGAGUUGACUCAGGUGGAGCAGCUCAAGGAGGACAAGCUCCUUACAGCCUCUGGGGAGUUGGAGAGUGACUCUAGCUUUCAAAAUGCAGAGGACAAAGAGCAGAUAUUUUAAAUAAAAUAAGCCAUGAAUCAAUACUAAGAGAGAUAAAAGAGAGGAGGGGGCCAAACAUAUUUCCUUUUGCACAGUCGAAAGGUUGAAACUUGUAAAAAUAAAAAAUAUGUAUACAUUAUAUGUUGAAAGAAUUAACAGAUGUAAUGAAGCUAUAGUUGGGCCUAAAUGAUGGAAUUGGAUGGAAUGUGGAUGUGAAUUGUUUGUACUUGAAAAAGCACUACUUCUACUGAGGGAAGUACAUUGGCCCAUAAAGGGUUGUAAUACUAUUGUUUAAGCAUAAAGGAAUAUGAGGGUUUUCUUUCCAAAUUUAAUAUAAUUAACUUCAGUGAAACCUUUAACAAAUAAGACCAAGACUUCUUGCCAACACACAAAAGUUCUUCAAAUGAGAUUUUAGUUUUACAUUUAAUUGUAAAAUAUGAUAUCGUUGAGUCUUACUUUGCAUGUGAAGGGUGUACUUGUUCUUUCGGACAUAAGAUGGCGCUGUUUCAGUGGGUUCAAAUUGCAGCUCCCUAAAGUCAGUGCACCUCAUCUAUGAGAGAAGUUCUCUGGAGGAGGUUUUGGCAACAUGUGGAGUAAAGAUGUGUAAGUAUUUAUCAAUCAAUAAAGUGUUCCCUAUGGGUUGUUUAUGAAUGC